GAGAGAGCGAAAGAGAGGCGAGCGGGGAAGAGGGGGAGAGAGCUGCAGAUAGCAGUCACAGUGACAGAUGAGAGCGUGGCACAACUUGUCUUUCUUGACUGCACCGUGGGUUGAGGGGAAACCAGAGAGCAAGUGCAUCAGAGUUUGGGGCAAAGCACACAAACACACUCGCACACUCUCACACAGGCAGACCCCUCAGCCCGGCUGACAACAAGUUCAGAGCUAAGACUUACCUUUUGGGGAGGUGCAGAAGUUUUGUCUUGAGGAGCACCUCCAUUGUUAUGGCUCUGCAAGAAACGAGCCGUCUUGUCCUGUAGAGGAGCUGUGUGUUUCCACUGCAGAAGAACUUGAAGCCCCGCGGAGGAUGGAGAAGCUGUCAGGAAAGGACAAGGAGCUGAUACGGAGCAGCUGGGAGAGCCUGGGCAAGAACAAAGUUCCUCAUGGCGUCAUCAUGUUUUCCAGGCUUUUUGAGCUGGACCCAGCUCUUCUCACUCUUUUCCACUACAACACAAACUGUGGCAACACACAAGACUGCCUCUCAAGCCCAGAGUUUCUGGAACACGUCACCAAGGUGAUGCUUGUGAUCGAUGCCGCCGUCAGCCACCUGGACGAUCUUCACUCCUUGGAGGACUUUCUUCUCAACCUGGGGAGAAAGCAUCAGGCCGUGGGGGUCAACCCACAGUCAUUUGCUGUGGUGGGAGAGUCGCUCCUCUACAUGCUCCAGUGCAAUUUGGGCCAGGCCUACACGGCGCCCAUGCGUCAAGCCUGGCUCAACAUGUACGGCGUCGUGGUGGCGGCCAUGAGCCGAGGAUGGGCUGAGAACGGCGAGGACAAGGCUGACUGAGGCGGCGCCGCCGCGUUACUGUUGCUGUUCUCUCACUCAUUGUGGUUGCCAUGGAAGAAGGUUGUGUAACUUGCAGCAUUGUGGCUUUUUUUGGGUUUUUUUUUUUGCGGCUGUACAUUUGCUGUACGUUAGUGCGGAGUGCAACGCAAAGGCGAAUGUUUGGUGUGGCCACACUUCACCGAUCGCAGAGUUUAUUUUCUUUGCAGUGGUGUUUAGCAAGCGGGGUCAAAAUAAGGACCUGAGCAUAGCAUGAAGGUUGACUUGUAUAUAUUGCCUUUUAUUAUAUCUUCAGACCAUUGUGAAAUAUGUGAUGUAACAGCGAUGAAUAUCCUAUUUUUGCCGCACGCUACUCAACGGGAUACGGGUUAGUGUGGCCCCACACGUGGAGCUCUGGGUCAAACUGUGACCAAAACAAAAUGUAAUCACUUUGCUCAUAAAAGUGUUUUUGUUUUGUGUACGUUAUCGAACUUGUAAUGUUAUUUAUGAAAGGCUAAGAUGACAUUUUCCAAUAGACACCCUAUCAGCAGCUACUGACAAGAACUGUUAUACACUGAUGGCUUUCUACUGUAAUCUCUGACUGUUACGGCGUGCCUGCUGUGCACCUUACUUUACACGGCGUGCGACACCGCCCUCAGUGGAGGCCGUGAGUAUGUAUCCUAAUCGUCUUCAUCUGACUGUUGACAAAUAAGACUGUUAUGUGCAGGUCAAGGGCAUGUAGGAGGACUUCAUUUCCAGUACUUUUACACUCAUCUCUGGUGUCACUUAUCUCAGCAUUGCUUAUUUACUGUGUUUUUGUGGCACCAAAUCCAGGGAUGGGGAUGUGCACAUGACCACUAAACAACUGGAGGUGAAGAUUUCUUUUCAAUUUGAAAAACAAUGAGCUAAUUUAUUGCUAAGGGAUCAUGCGUGCUAUGUGUGUAUCAUUACAAGCAUCAUUCCGUUCAAUGCCAAGUAUUUGAUAACACCAUACAACUGUAAAUCCAAGUUGCUGAUAUGUGGUUAUUGAUGCUUUAUCCUGAGUUUACAUUUGAAAAGUUUAUUUUUAUAUUCUGAAAUAUGGGUAUAAAUUAACCCCAACCAUUGUUUUACAGUGCAUCCACCUGUUACAGUACCUCGUGUGGAUAUACAGGAAUUCCAAACUGAAAGACUACAAAAUAAGAGUUUUCUAGGAGUAGACUCACUCCGGUCACUUAAUUAGGUACACAUCAGGAAUACAGGAUGAUUAAACAGUGUCAAGAGAGUUAUUCGUUGAAACGUAUGUUUGUUAUGAGGGUUGACCUUUUCAGGUGUAGACCUGGGCAGUGUUCCUAAUAUUUUGCCACUCACAUGUAGCUUAAUAAGGCAACCAAAAUAUUAGAAACAGCUCCCAGCAUGAUGCAGUGCAGUUCAAACUACAAUUCUGUCGAGGCAGCAAUCCGGAGAGUGUAUUGAAUCCCUGCAUCGUCUGUGUUUUUCCAGGUGUACCUUUUGUUUCGACUGGCAGUGUAGGUGGUGUAUUUAUAGUGAUUCUUUUCCUAGCAUUGGUACGUCGCCCUGUGCAGGUUGUCUCUUAUUUUCAAUCAUCUUUUUACACGUGAUGUAUUAUCCGGGUAAGAUCCAGUUGUGUACAUAUUGGACGUUUCACCGUCUACCUCAUCAUUAUUAAUCAGCUGCUACUGACCAGUGAUGACUACACCUAGUUUAGUUAUCCUUCGACCAAAACAAACAAACAAACCGCACAUGAUUAGAGGUAAUAAUGCAAGCAAGUAAGCACUCUUUGUAAACUGGAUUCCAUGCUACAGUUUAAUAACUUGUGUGUGUGUGUGCAUACUUAAGAUUAAUAAAGUGAUUUCCUUUUACACCGAA